CCUGACUCCGCCCACGGCUGCGCCUGGCGCUAAAUUUAAAACCGUUAACCCAAACAGCGCGGGUGCCGGAAACGAAACCGAAUUUAAUCCAAGGGCGCCGCCCAGACCCCGCGCCGCGCCGCCCGGAACCGCCCAGCGCGCGCCAUCUUCCCCAGCGGAGCGCGGCCGAGGAGGAGCAGGAGGAGCCGCAGCAUGGCCGCAGGCGGCGCGGACGGGGAGAGCGCCCGGCAGCUCGUGCUCCUGCUACCAGAAUGUUUAAAAGAUGCUUCAAAGAAGAUGAAAGGUGGUCUAAUGUUUAUCAAAUUGGCUAACCCCUGCUCAGGGGAAGGAGCCAUUUACUUGUUCAGUAUGUGUUUAAAGCAGCUAUUUGAAAUCAAAAUUUUCAAGGAAAAACACCAUUCCUGGUUUAUAAAUGAAUCAGUUCAAUCAGGAGGUCUCCUUCACUUUGCCACACCCAUGGACCCUCUGUUUCUGCUUCUCCACUACCUCAUAAAAGCUGGCAAAGAGGAAAAAUUUCAACCCCUAGAUCAAGUUGUGAUGGAUGACAUAUUUCCAGAUUGCAUUUUGUUACUGAAAGUUCUAGAACUUGAGAAGUUACUUCAUCAUGUGACAGAUGAAAAAGAAAUAGACAACAAGAAAUAUUACAAAUACAGCAAAGAAAAAACAUUAAAGUGGCUGGGAAAAAAGGUUAAUCAGACAGUGGCAGCCUUAAAAGCCAAUCACGUCAGUGUUGGUGCCCGGGUACAGUCAGCUGCAUUUUUCUCUGGUGAUCAGGUUUCCAGUGAUAAAGAAGAGGAUUACAUUCGUUAUGCCCAUGGUUUAAUAUCUGACUACAUCCCUAAAGAAUUAAGUGACAACUUAUCUAAAUACUUGAAGCUUCCAGAAAUUUCAGCUCCAUUGCCAAACCCUCCAUCAAAGAGACUAAAGAUUUCAGAUGAGCCUGUAGAAGCAAAAGAAGACUACACUAAGUUUAACAGUAAAGAUUUGAAGACUGAAAAGCAGAAAAAUACCAAAAUGACUGCAGCUCAGAAGGCUUUGGCUAAAGUUGACAAGACUGGAAUGAAAAGUAUCGAUGCUUUUUUUGGUGUAAAAAAUAAAAAGAAAAUUGAAAAGAUUUGAAACUUUUUUAAAAUAAAAUCUAAUAAACAAAAAGUUUGCUUUUUACAUGUUCUGUUUUUACCCUUUUGUAUGGCUGGGCUUCCUGAUCUUUAAUCACCAUCUUACUUGGGUGGGGUGGGAGAUAGUCUUUAUAUUCCCUUGCACAUUGAUUUGGAUUUGAUUUUUGUGUUUCUGAACAAAAUAUGGGAAAGAGAUUAUACAGUUUCAUUGCUGUGACCUUUAGAGUUUGGC